GCUUUGUGAAGUUGUCGCACUGUGCGAAUUGUUACGUGUUGUAGUUUACUAAAUUCCAAUUUAAUGUUUACUCCGACUCAUUUGCAAUCAUGUGACAGUGUUUAUUGAGUGCACACAGUACAUAGCACAAUUAAUUAAAAUAUCCUCUAUCGGUAAUUUAUGUAUUUUUAUCGUGCAUAAAUGAAAAGUUUAACCUUAGAUUACUACAUUAAUCAAUAUUAUGAACUGAAUAAAAAUAUGCGUGUUUUCUGUUAAAUGUUCAUUUGAAAUAACUAUUUUAAAACGUGAAAAAAGGUCUGUGAUUGUUAUUAUAUAAAAAAAUAAUUUGUGUCAUUUAUUUUACGUAAUAAAAACAAGUUUUAGUGCGCUUCUGUCUAAAGGGAAAGUGUCACAGGUCAACCAAAACCUCUUCAGGAUUUAAGAAAGAAACAUCUACCAAGUGCAUCUAGUCAAAAGCGCCAUCUUUUAUUAAUAAGAUAGAAUUAUAAUGAAAGGAUUACAUAUAACACAAAUAUUUCUAACAGAUCAAUAAUUCGAGUGCCUGUAAAUGACGCAUCAACGGAAAUUAUACAAAGCGAAAUUAAUUGCAACGCCAUCUAACAAACGCAAGCCGUAACUGAGUGGCCGAGAAUGAUGAUCUCAGCGACAUCUGUCGUGUGAACGAUGCCACGGUUAAAAUAUGCUUCGGUGGUGCGAGUAUUUGUGAUAAUCGGGCUGUUCUGCCUAUGGGUGCAGAUAAUGCUGUCGGCGUCCAGUGGCGGAAUAUACAGAGAUGGAGAAGAGCUGAUGAACGCCAACGAGACGUCGGAGCAAGUGUUAGCGUUGGUACCACCAGAACUGCACAAGUAUCUUACUGUACAUCACAAAAACGUUUCUGCAAACUCUACGGAGCGUUCGGGUCCAAAGAAUAUCUCCGACAUUUUACGCGCCAUCCAAAGGAAUAAUGACGCGCAAACUAUUUACAACGAGGAUAUAUUCGGUCCAGUACAGAACGACACUAUCAUCAUUGCGAUUCAGGUUCACACUCGGCUGACAUACUUACGGCAUCUAAUAGUGUCGUUGGCGCAAGCCCGCGACAUAGACAAAACAAUGCUCAUAUUCUCUCAUGAUUAUUACGACGAGGAAAUCAAUAAUCUGGUCAGGAGUAUAGAUUUUACAAAGGUAAUGCAAAUUUUCUAUCCAUAUUCCAUACAAACGCAUCCCCACGAGUUUCCUGGCACCGAUCUGAACGAUUGCCCGAGGGACGCAAAAUUUGAUCAAGCUGUAAAGUUACAAUGUAAUAACGCCCUGCAUCCUGAUUUGCACGGCCAUUACAGAGAAGCGAAAUACACUCAGACCAAACACCAUUGGUGGUGGAAAGCUAACAGGAUAUUCAAUCAACUACAGUGCACUAUUGGACACACAGGUCCCGUAGUAUUCCUUGAAGAGGAUCAUUACGUAGCCGAGGAUUUCAUUCAUAUGUUGUACUUACUUCGCAACAUGGCGGACAAGAGUUGUCCACAGUGCGAGAUAUUAUCGCUAGGAACCUACCUCAAGACUUACCAAUACCAUCAUAAUAGCGACAAGGUGGAGAUCACACCUUGGCAUUCGAGUAUGCACAACAUGGGUUUCGCGUUCAAUAGAACAGUAUGGAACAAUAUUAUGGAGUUGCAAGAUCAGUUCUGUGCGUAUGACGAUUACAAUUGGGAUUAUUCUUUGUUGCAUCUGUCACAGAACCGACCAGGAAGAGAGAAGUUUAAAGUUAUACUGUGUAAGGGACCUAGGGUGUUCCAUAUAGGCGAGUGUGGUAUACAUCACAAGAAAUCUAAUUGCAACGCGUCGACGGUUAUAAGUAAAGUACAGCAGCUGCUGAAAAAUGCCAAACCGUACAUGUACCCGUCGCGGGUGACGGCAAUAGUGACGACAGGCGGGGCGAAACAUAAUAAGAAACUUACCAAAGGAAAUGGUGGCUGGGGUGAUAUUAGAGAUCAAGAUUUGUGUACCAAUAUGACUAAAAUAGGGAGACAACAAAGGACAUACAUAUAUUAUGCAUAACGUGAAAUUGGAGAUUAAUAUAUAAACAAAGAAAUCGAAUAAUAUUAAUCAAAUUCAACAAAUUGGCUAAAAUGUCAUGUUGCUUAGUCAUUUUAUAUAAAGGCUAGGCGAAAUGUUUAAUUCUUCUUACAGUUCAGAUACGUAAAGUAAUUGUAAGGAUCGCCGCUAAUUGCUAACAUAAUAUGUUAAAUUGGUAUAUAUUACUAACGUAACAUGUGAUUUGGAUUUUCCAUAUAAAUGUAAUAUAGGUAAAUAAUUGCAGAUUAGAAAUUGUUUCCUGUGAAAGAAUGUUUUAGUGCCUUUAUUUAAGUGAUUUAAAAUAUCAUAUUCAUUUAACAAUUUCACUGGUACAGUAGCCUCUUAAACAAAUAGUUCACAAUUGUGCUAUUAUCAUUCCCAUGGAUUGUGUUGUAAUUGUAAAAACAUAUGUUCUGAGUCUGAAAUAGCGUUGGAGUUAGUAUUCUCUGGGUGCGAAAUACUAGGUGGGGGGCGCAGUCUAUGGCAGUGCUCGUGGUGGCUAAAAGCAAAAAAUUGCAGCUUUGUCAUCUGUCAUACCAUACUAUAUAAGGAAUUAUAUUUAUUUCCAUUCAAUUAACGUGAAAACAGUAUUGAUCACGAUUUAAUACAAAAAUAUCACAAUUUUUAAUUUUAAAUUAAAUCUAAGUCAUAUUUUGUAUAGGAAUCGAUUAAACUUUUAACAAACUAUGCUGAAAUAUAUUUUUAAAUUUACCAAAUGAUAAUAUUUUUUUAUCAAACCAACAUCACAUUACAUAUAUUUUAAAGUAAAAUAACUUAUUAUUAUCAUUAUUUAUACAAGUAUUUUCUAAAUACGAUGACUAAAAUAAUAUCUUUUUGCUUUUAUCACUUCUAUACUUUAUCGUCGUGCCGUAUUCAGCUGCAAUUGAAUUAAUAUAAAAAACAAAAACUCAGUCGUAAUUGUGAGUUUCAACGGAAAAAAACAGCCAUUGCAAGCUAUCAAAGUUUCUGUUUUAUAUUGUGAGUGAUGCGCAUAAAGCCCGGUCGUAAGACUAAUACUCAUUUCAUUCUAAAAACCAUAUUUCAUUUAUUACUAAUUGUAGGGGAAUCUUUGAAUAUACUUUAAUAUAUUAUAUUUGAUCAAUUUCGAAAAUAUUCUUAAUGAAAAAUACGCUCUGUAGUAACGAAAAAGUUACGAGCGCUUGCAAGACUCGUCAGUCCUGUUAGGUCCUGGGUAGCUCAGUGGUUAGAGCAGUCGCCCGAAUUGCGAAAGAUCAUGAGUUCGAAUCCCAUCUCAGGGUGCCAGAGACCAAGUGGAUUUUUUAAGCAUUUGUCAUUAAGAAUAUACUUUAAUUUUUUGUUUCACAGUAAUAAUUGCAACUAAAACUGAGCUAAACAAAUUUUGAC